AGAUCUCUUCGUUUCAUUCGUGACGCUAAACUUGACACGAAAGGUUCACUCUGAAAUGCCAUCCAAAUCAAAAAGUCACCUGCAAUCGAAUUUGGAUCAAGCGGCCUCAUUCUACAUCGAAAAUGGAACUAUUCACGGCUUGAACGGGUUUCAGUUCAUAAAGAGUAGAAAACUUCGAAACAUUUGCUUCUUCUCUGCCGUUAUGGUCUUCUUUCUCUUGCCCACUUUCGUGGUCAGAGAAGCAGUAUUGUUUUUCAAUGAUUCCACCAUUAAAAGUGCUGUUGAAUAUCAAGUUGCUGAUGUCGUUGCGAUUCCCAAUGUGACAAUAUGUCAUCCAAACUAUUUCAGCUUGGACAAGAUGAAAAAGAUGAACGUGUCAAACUUAUUAGCGAAUUAUCUGGUGUUUGGAAUAAAUCCUGGUUCAGCAUUGGAUGCCUCCAAAAUUGUUGCUCUUCAAGAAAAAUUGGUUCAAGCCGAGAAAGAGCUCCGUCUGAAGCUGAACGAAACUAGUCUGGAUUUUCCAGGUUUAGUUCGAGCCAUUGCCAUUGACAUGAUUGAUUUCCUAGUAUAUUGCGAGAUUCCACAUCAAGAAUCCGCUCGAAACAUGUGUCCCACACUCUUUGAAGAUGAGCCUUUCUUUUCGCCCACCGCUGGAAUUUGUUGGACUUCUAAAUGGAACUUUCCCCUUUCCGUGGUAUAUCGAACAGCUUCAAUAAAGAUUUGGACUAAUAUCAAGCGAUCCAAAACGUUUGAGUUGGACUACGGUUUUCAUCAAAGCAAUGCUGUCGAGCGAUUACCACCGGUUUUCAGUCUACCCCUGCACAAUCACCCAUCAGGAGCUGUUCGAAAUCACCCUUUGAAACUGUCGUUGGGGGAAACGAUGAGCAUUGAGCUAUCUCCAUACGUGAUUGAUCGGACUCAAUUAUCAGAGCAUAUUUUUGCCAAGCCAGAGGACGUUUGCCUGACCGAGAACAAAGAAUUUGAGGCCUCUUUUAAGAUCCCGUAUACAAAAUUGAAUUGCAGAAGUACUAUUCCGUUCAAUAGCUUGGAUGAUUGCUCGACCACCUAUUUAGAUGGUUAUCCCAAAAAUGAUGCUAAACCACCCUGUGAGCCUCUAAACAUCCUCAAAAGGCCUCAAGUUGCAUAUGGAUCAACAAAUGACUCGUCUGCAGACUCGUUUACAAACAUGAAUCCGGCACAAACCUUUGGUGGCGUGAUUUGUCCGUCAGAGUGCAUCGAUAACGGUGUCAAUAAAUUCAUUACCGUGGGGAAGGGCAAUUUUGAAAUUAUGAGCAAAGCUUUGAACCAGUUUGCCUCCCCAGAUGACAUUCUUUUGGCCGAGGACUUUAGUGGCUUGGAGUUGUUCUUCGCGUCCAUGGAUUACUCGAAAACCUCUUUGUACCGGGACGGCAUCGGCGUGUUUCUGUCCCAGGUUGGAGGAUGGAUGGGACUUGCUUUUGGCGCUUCGUUCUUAUCCCUUAUCGAGUUGUCAGUGUUUUUCAUUUAUUUAUGCCGAUUGCUUUGCAAAGGUAUGGCAGGACAAACGUAAUGAUCUAAGAAGUUCAACUCGAACCACUUUAUCGCAAUUUAUUUCUUAAGUUUUGAAAUAAAAAGGCAACGUUGGCUAACUACGCA